AUGGUUUCACAUUGCAACUUAUCAAAUAAUCGAUCAUUGACGAAAUGUUUAAUUCAAGCGUCCAAUUCUACAUUGAAACCUUCACAUCAAUUCGCUAAUACAUCGGAAUGGACCGAUGGACUCGAUCAAUGGUCAUUCUCGGUAUCAGAAGAUAUCAAGAAAACGAAUUGUUCUCGGCAUAACCUCUAUUUUUGUCCAUAUCUGGGUAUCUACAUACCUCGACGUGAAAAAGUCAAAUCGGCGCGAGUCCCAAUUCCAAAUGACUUCGUCUCUUCAACAAGCACAUCCAAUAAUCUUUUUCCUAAACGUCUUCGGCAGCUAUUCAAAAAACAAAAAGCUCUUCUCGUCGAGAACACACCAUCCGAUGAACUAUCAUCAUCGACAGCAUCCGAUGUUGAAAAUCCACCGAUAGUCAAUACAAAUCAACAAUCAAAUUCAAAUCUAAACAAAUCAAUAAACAGUCGUACUCUUAUGCGUCAUAUUCAGAGUACUAACUGUUCGAAAACAAAACAAAUCGAUGAUCAACCCUAUCAUGCAUCGUGUAACCAGGAUCGAUUGAAGCUUUUACUAAAACAACAAUUGCAUAAAUUAUUUCAAAAAGAAACCGUCGAACUUAAUUGCAGAGGAACUGUAAUGAAAACGCCAUCGUUGGAAAUGAAACCACGAAUUAAAUCAACAAGAACAACUUCAGCAGCUGAUUCUUCGUCGAUCGUCGAACGAUAUACGAAAAUUCGACAAGUCUUAACUACUCCAUCGACUGAAGAAACUCCAAUGGUUACUAAACCAGCUGAGUAUCGAAAUACUCCAACAAUUUUUCGCGGACUUUCGACUCUUGGUUUAACUGUAACGCCAUUGGUUUUCUCUUCAACCAAAAAUCUUCAGAAUUGUUCGAUGGAAGCAACAUCUCAAUCAGUAUCUCGUGUGAAUUCGCUUCAUUCUAAUGAAGAACACCGAUCUCCGUUUAAACGCGGAUUAGUGUCACCGAAUGAUAGUUUCUCAAACAGAAAUUCAACGGAUGAUCACACUCAAUUUUUCCGUAAUUUUCAACGUCCUUAUCGGUACGCACGUCGGGCUGCAGUUCAACGGUCGAAACUAUCCGAAUUAUUACCAACAGUGACAACUGAGAAAUGUUUUCUUAUUCCAAUUUCAAAUCAUCGAAAUUCUUAA